GGCGCGCACGCCAAUGGGCGGCGCCGGGGGGCCCCGAGGUUCCCGGCGGCCCGCGCGGCGGCGGUGGCUGGGUGGUAAGAUGGCGGCUGUGAGUCUGCGGCUCGGCGACUUGGUGUGGGGGAAACUCGGCCGGUAUCCUCCUUGGCCGGGAAAGAUUGUUAAUCCACCCAAGGACCUGAAGAAACCACGUGGAAAGAAAUGCUUCUUUGUGAAGUUUUUUGGAACAGAAGAUCAUGCCUGGAUCAAAGUGGAGCAGCUGAAGCCGUACCAUGCGCACAAGGAGGAAAUGAUCAAGAUUAACAAGGGCAAACGCUUCCAGCAGGCUGUGGACGCCGUGGAAGAGUUCCUCAGGAGAGCCAAGGGGAAGGACCAGGCAUCGUCGCACAGUUCUGAUGACAAGAAUCGGCGUAAUUCCAGUGAGGAGCGAAGUAGGCCGAACUCAGGGGACGAGAAGCGCAAGCUUAGCCUAUGCGAGGGGAAGGUAAAGAAGAGCGCGGGAGAGGGGAAGAAGCGGGUGUCUUCAGGGCCCUCCGAGAGAAGCUCCAAGUCCCCGCUGAAGAGAGCCCAGGAGCAAAGCCCCCGGAAGCGGGGUCGGCCCCCGAAGGACGAGAAGGAUCUCACGGUCCCCGAGUCCAGCACUGUGAAGGGCAUGAUGGCCGGCUCCAUGGCCGCCUUCCAGUGGCGGCCGACCGGGAGCGAGCCUGUCAAGGAUGCCGACCCGCAUUUCCACCACUUCCUGCUCAGCCAAACGGAGAAGCCAGCUGUCUGUUACCAGGCAAUCACAAAGAAGUUGAAGAUCUGUGAAGAGGAGACUGGCUCCACCUCCAUCCAGGCAGCAGACAGCACAGCCGUGAAUGGAAGCAUCACGCCCACAGACAAAAAGAUAGGGUUUUUGGGCCUCGGCCUCAUGGGAAGUGGUAUCGUCUCCAACUUGCUAAAAAUGGGUCAUACGGUGACUGUCUGGAACCGGACUGCAGAGAAAUGUGAUUUGUUCAUCCAGGAGGGGGCCCGCCUAGGAAGAACCCCCGCUGAAGUCGUUUCGACUUGUGACAUCACCUUUGCCUGCGUGUCGGAUCCAAAGGCAGCCAAGGAUCUGGUGCUGGGCCCCAGCGGCGUGCUGCAGGGGAUCCGCCCCGGGAAGUGCUACGUGGACAUGUCUACGGUGGACGCUGACACGGUCACCGAGCUGGCCCAGGUGAUUGUGUCCAGGGGGGGCCGCUUUCUGGAAGCCCCCGUGUCCGGGAACCAGCAGCUGUCCAAUGACGGGAUGCUGGUGAUCUUAGCGGCGGGGGACAGGGGCUUGUAUGAGGACUGCAGCAGCUGCUUCCAGGCCAUGGGGAAGACCUCCUUCUUCCUAGGUGAGGUUGGCAACGCGGCCAAGAUGAUGCUGAUUGUGAACAUGGUGCAGGGGAGCUUCAUGGCCACCAUUGCUGAGGGGCUGACCCUGGCCCAGGUGACAGGCCAGUCCCAGCAGACACUCUUGGACAUCCUCAAUCAGGGACAGUUGGCCAGCAUCUUCCUGGACCAGAAGUGCCAAAAUAUCCUGCAAGGAAACUUCAAGCCCGAUUUCUACCUGAAGUACAUCCAGAAGGAUCUCCGCCUGGCCAUCGCGCUGGGUGACGCAGUCAACCACCCCACGCCCAUGGCAGCUGCAGCCAAUGAGGUGUACAAAAGAGCCAAGGCCCUGGACCAGUCGGACAACGACAUGUCCGCCGUGUACCGAGCCUAUAUACACUAAGCUGCCCGCCCCGCCCUGUCUUCCCUCCGACCCCUCCUCCUGCGUGGGGCUGGGGUCCCAGGACUCAACUCUGGACCAGACCACCUGUCUCCAUCUUUUAUACAGACUGAGACUCGCCAUCAGCACAGCGCACAGCAUCCUUCCUCCCCAGAGGGCCUGGGGCGGGGAGCGCCUGAGCGCACACGGGCCGGACUCAGUGGCUGUGUUCUCUCUCAGACACUGGCUCUCCCCGGGACGGGAGCGCCCGGGAACUGCUGCCUCUUGGUUCCUUCUCCUCCUUCCCCCUGUCUUAUCUCAGACCUUCCAGCUGAGGAAGUUGACGGCAGUGACACCUGGAAGCCUCCCCAGUGCUUUCCUUGGAGCCAAGCGGCUGUGGUCGUGUCCACGUUCCCCACUGGAUCCCCACGGAGAGAGGCCUGGGCCAAGCUGAGCCAGCACAGACUCUUAAAUGUGUGGGACGGCCACCCUCAGGUGACCAGCUGACCAGUGAGGAUUGUCGUGUGCAGCUCUCGACAUGCAGCCAAGUCCCCGACCACCUUUGAGAACCAAGAAGAGAGUGGCCGAGUCGGGGGCAGGAGCACCGCAGAUGCUGGUGUGGGCAGCCCGAGAGCCAGUCUGCGGAGCCCUGGGCUGCUGGGCACUCCCCCGCCUCACCGAGCUUUGCAUUCCAGCCCUCAGGAAGGGGUCCUGAGGGCCAGCAGUGAGGUGUGAGGGGACGGAGUCCAGCUCCGCACCUGGCCCUGGCAGCAGCCCGCACCAACCCCUGCAUGCCCACCUCUCCCGCCCACACCCCCUCCCCUGGAGACAGUAUUUCUGUGUGGCUGGCCUUGUGGCUGAGACCCGCUGACCAGCAGUGACCGUUUCUCGGGCUUGCCUCUGAAAAUGUUCGACAUCACGGCCCACGGCUUGGUCCUGGGGCCCUCCUGGGCCCUGGCUUCUGUGGGGAGGGCAGGAGAGCUGCGCCCGAGGGGUGCCCAGCCAGCUCUCGGGGAGGGAGCAGCGGAGGCCCUUGCCUUCCUCCUCGGCUGGGGGUCCCCGGAGGAUGCAGUGCCGUGCCGCUGCACGGCCUAGUGUCCAAAGUCCUGCCUGGCACACGGUCCGCGUCAGUCGAGGGGAGAUGAGUACGAGAUCCUCUGCUGGCGUGGAGCCUCUCCUCACAACCCGGCCCUUGUCGCUGAUCAGAACCCAGCUUAGGGGGUCUUAGAAGGGGUGGGGAGGGAUGCCCGCAGGGUUUGGGCACAGUUCAUUUCACUGGGAUUUUGAGUUCUUUUCUGUCUGAACACAGAGCCUGUUCUAGUCCUGGCUGGACACUGGGGGUGGGGAGGUGGGGAAGAUGCUGUAAUGAAACUGGUUAGUUAAUGUCUUAAUAUUGUUGACAAUUCUGUAAAGUUCCUUUUUAUGAAUAUUUCUGUUUAAGCUAUUUCACCUCUAUUUUGAAACCCUUCCCUUUUAAGGAGAAAAUGUGACACUUGUGAAAAAGCUUGUAAGAAAGCCCCUUGUCAACCAUCCCUUUUUUUUCCUUUAAACCUUUAAAUGACAAAUCUAGUAAUUAAGGUUGUGAAUUUUUAUUUUUUGCUUUGUUUUUAAUGAACAUUUGUCUUUCAAUAUAGGAUUGUGUGAUAAUGUUUAAAAGGCAAAAACAAAACAUGAUUUUGUGCAAUUAACAAGCUACUGCAAGCAAAAUAAAACGUUUCUUGGUAACACAA